AUGGGGCUAUUUGCUUUUAGCAGGAUGGAGCUGUUGACUACUUCAGAUACAACAAGCUCGAGUUAUUGGUUGACUUGGAGGGUUUUGAUAUGUUCAGUCAUUGUUUUUACACCAAUUGUUAUAUCAUUGAUCAUAAUUUUCAAAUACGAAGGAUUGAAAAAAGUUAAACGUGAUGGAAAAGAAAGCCAAGAAGGUUUAAGUUGUGAUGAGUUGUAUGAUGAUGAUGUUUGGAAGCCUUGUCUUCAAGAAAUCCAUCCUUUUUGGCUGUUGGGUUAUCGGGUCAUUGCGUUUUGUUUAGCUCUUGCAAUGAUUGUUUCAAAAACCGUCGCUAGUGGAGCUCACAUCUUUUACUAUUAUACUCAGUGGACUUUUACUUUGGUUACCAUUUAUUUUGGGUUCGGAAUGUUGCUCUCUAUUUAAGGGUGUUACCGGCAUUAUAAGAUGACUAGCUGUGGCUUUAACGUACAUCAUGCUGGAAUAGAUGCUGAGCAAGGAUACUACAAACCUUUAACUAACAGAGAAGACACAAAUAUACUGAGAAAAGCCUUAAAUCCGCAGGAAAGAUGCAACGUUUCACAAGCAGCAGGCAUUAUUAGUUAUCUC